CGGUUGAAUGCUGCAAGCCUCGUCAGGGUUGUACUAUUUUUUCUAGUGCAUAAGGAGAAGGGAGAGGAGGGUUGCACGGAAAAGGGAAAUUUCCAAGAAAAGAGGGAUCUGCGGCAAUAUCUGCACCUCGGGGGAUGAAGAGAGGAACCAACAGGCAUAAAUGGCCUGGAGAUGGCUGAAAUCCUUGCCGAGGAGAUUGGGACCGCGGGGUUAUUUUCCACCUGCCUCCCCUGCCCGGUUCUGUAAUCCUGGCUCAAAGUAGACAAGUCGAGUUGGAGCUGAAGAAGGGAGGCGAUGCCACACCUCCCGAGGACACUGGGGACAUCGGGUUUUGCUGAGCUUAGCAGCUUUUCACCGUCUUACCGAAGGCAUCAGACAGACGCUCAUCUGCCCUGAAGUGCAGAUCUGCAACAGCUCCCGGGAAGACUCUGUCUCUCUGUCUCUCUGUCUCUCUUUCUCUCUCUCUCCAGUCCAAACCAUUACAAGACCUGACUUCCACCAUCUGGGAAUCUAACCCCUCUUAUGCCCCUUCUCCUUUUUCUACGAUGACUCACCAUUAUUUUUAACUUUGAAGAGAGAGGAAAUUAUGGGGAUCUUGGAAGCCUCUAUUUCUCUCUAGGAUUUCCCCAGGGUCAGAUAAUCGGUGUUACUAAGAGACACUAAGAUUUGGCUUCUCCAGGUAAUGUGAUUUGUUUUCUGUGUGCCAUGGUGGUUUGCAGAGAAUGACAGGAGCCGGGACAGCAGCGCUCGAGGAGGGGGACUGCGGUGGUCCGCGGGGCAGCUGGAACCGCCGGCUCCACAUUCCGGCAGCCGCAGAGCUCGGCUGCAGGCAGGGAGGGCAGCAUGUCACCAGGGAAAGAGGAUUGGGAAGGUAUUAAACUUAAAAGCGGAGCUGGAGCUUUCCUGGAGGGUAGAUUGCCUGAGAUCGCAUGGUUAAAUGUUAAUUAACCCUUAGCUGCAUGCCUGGAAAUGAGCUGAGCCCGGCACCCCGUGGGGUCCUCUCGCCACUUCAGGGCUGGAUGGGGUUAUUUUUCUUCCUUCCUUUCUCUUCCCUUCCCCCUUUUUAUUUUUUUUAACUGCAUUUCUUUUUUUUUUUUUUUUAGCCAAAAAAUAAGCCCUGGUUUAUCAAUGCCAGUUUUUCCACGCUGGUUUUGAACAGGUGAUGGUUCCUCAGGUGUUUUCUCUGUUCCACCUAAAGGGUUUAGAUGGGAGUUGUUGAACUCUGUCCCAAGGAAGGCAAAUUAACCCCUCCAGGAAGGGGAUAGACGAGCUAGAGAAGGGAUCUGCUCUCCUCCCACCAACUUUAUUCCAUCUCUCUCUUUCUCAGCAGGGGCGAUUUUCUUUCUUCUUCUUCUUCUUCUUCUUUUUUUUUUUCCUCUAUUUUUAUCUCAUCCCUUCGCCUUUUCAUGAGACUCUUCCAAACCUACGUACCUGUCCUUCUGCAGGAUAGUAGCCCUGCCCUGAACCCGAUCCCACGGCCGGGCGCUGGGAAGAGUUUAGCAUAAGGAUUUCUUUUAAAGCCCAAUAAUGACAGUUGCUACUGGAGAUCCUGCAGAUGAAGCUGCAGCUCUUCCCGGUCACCCGCAGGACACGUACAACCCUGAGACCGACCAUGAGUGCUGUGAGAGGGUGGUCAUUAACAUCUCGGGGCUGCGCUUCGAGACGCAGCUCAAGACACUUGCCCAGUUCCCAGAGACCUUGCUAGGGGAUCCUAAAAAGAGGAUGAGAUAUUUCGACCCUCUCCGGAACGAGUACUUCUUUGACCGGAACAGACCCAGCUUCGAUGCCAUUUUGUACUACUACCAGUCCGGGGGGAGGUUGCGGCGGCCCGUUAACGUGCCCUUGGACAUCUUUUCCGAAGAGAUCCGCUUCUAUGAACUGGGGGAAGAGGCCAUGGAGAUGUUUCGGGAGGAUGAAGGCUACAUCAAGGAAGAGGAGAGGCCGCUGCCUGAGAAUGAGUUUCAGAGACAAGUGUGGUUGCUCUUUGAGUACCCCGAGAGCUCAGGCCCUGCCAGGAUUAUAGCUAUUGUCUCUGUCAUGGUGAUUUUAAUCUCCAUUGUCAGCUUUUGCCUGGAAACGUUGCCCAUUUUUCGGGAUGAGAACGAAGACAUGCACGGCAGCGGGCUGAGCCAUCCCCCCUACUCCAACAGCAGCAUGGGGUACCAGCAGUCCACUUCUUUCACAGACCCCUUCUUCAUCGUGGAGACACUUUGCAUCAUCUGGUUCUCCUUCGAGUUCUUGGUGAGGUUUUUCGCCUGCCCCAGCAAGGCUGGUUUUUUUACCAACAUCAUGAACAUUAUAGACAUCGUAGCCAUCAUUCCCUACUUCAUCACCCUGGGGACGGAGCUGGCUGAGAAGCCAGAGGAUGGCCAGCAGGGCCAGCAAGCCAUGUCCUUGGCCAUCCUCAGAGUCAUCCGCCUGGUGCGGGUCUUCAGGAUCUUCAAGCUCUCCCGGCACUCCAAGGGGCUGCAGAUCCUGGGACAGACCCUCAAGGCCAGCAUGAGGGAGCUGGGCCUCUUGAUAUUUUUCCUCUUCAUCGGCGUCAUCCUCUUCUCCAGCGCCGUCUACUUUGCCGAGGCCGACGAGAGCGAGUCCCAGUUCCCGAGCAUCCCCGAUGCCUUCUGGUGGGCUGUGGUUUCCAUGACGACUGUUGGCUACGGAGACAUGGUCCCCACCACCAUCGGGGGGAAAAUAGUGGGUUCCUUGUGUGCCAUCGCCGGCGUAUUAACGAUUGCCUUACCAGUGCCCGUCAUAGUGUCUAACUUCAAUUACUUCUACCACCGGGAGACCGAGGGAGAGGAGCAGGCUCAAUAUUUGCAAGUAACCAGCUGCCCAAAGAUCCCCUCUUCCCCUGACCUAAAGAAAAGCAGAAGUGCCUCUACUAUUAGUAAGUCUGAUUAUAUGGAGAUCCAGGAAGGUGUAAACAAUAGCAAUGAGGAUUUUAGGGAGGAGAACUUGAAGACAGCCAAUUGCACCCUAGCUAACACAAACUAUGUGAAUAUCACCAAAAUGCUAACCGAUGUCUAGUCGCUAAAAUCUAGUCCCGUAUUUAAAGCUGAAGUGGAACAAUUGCAGAUAUUGAGUGCUGCUCUGCAUUGUAGUUAAUACAGUAUUUUCUACGGUGUAUAUUUGGUUCUGCAUGGGAAGCAAUAGCUGUGUAAGUGACUUUUAACCUUUGAUUUCCGCACUGAAUAAGCGUCCGUGCAAAAAAAACCAACAAAUCCAAACCAUUUUGUUGCACUUCUCCCAUCCCAGGCUCGUGGGUUUCCAAAGACACGGAGGGGACGGGCGCUUCCAGCAGCGGGAUGGGGAUGGAAGGGGCA